AUGGCUGGAGAAGUUGUUGUGGACGCUUUGCCAUAUAUUGACCAAGGUUAUGAUGAUCCUGGAGUUAGGGAGGCGGCUCUUGCUAUGGUCGAAGAGGAAUGUCGGAGGUAUAGACCUACAAAGAAUUACCUAGAAAAUGCCGGCCCAGAACCAAGCACAGCCUUUGAAACACCAGCUUUGCAGAGAGAAAUGGAGCGUGUGCAACAACGACUACCAAUUGAACCUUUGUCUAUGAAAAGAUAUGAAUUACCACCGCCGCCAGCUGGGAGACUUGGUGAGCCAACAGCUUGGACAGAGGCAGUUGACAACUCACAUGCUCAGUUGUCGCAUCAAGCCAUUCGGGUUCUUAACUUAGAACUACAGCUAGAAUAUAGUUCUGAAGCUUGGAGAUCCUACCUUAGUAUCUUACAAGCCUUGGUGGAACGUUCACAAAAUGUCCAUACACAAUUGAGAAAACAAAUAGCCACAGUAAAUUGGGAGCGUAAACGUUCUCAGACAGCAAGUGGAGCUCGCCUUCGUGCACUACGCAGACGUUGGGCACAACUUGUGUCCGAUAAUUACAGACUUGAAAGAGCUAUUAUGCAGCUUGAAAUACAACUUGAAAAGGCAAAAAGCCAGGCAUCCAUUGAAGGUAGUGAUGCACCAGACAUGGAUCUCGAAGCAGUCAAAAACCUUCCAGACAAACUCAAUUCUGAGACUGAAAAGGAAGUACAGAAGAAGAUUGAAGACAUGUUUGCUGAUUAA